ACACUCUUGAAAGUUUGUUGAACUGAAAUUUCUGAUACGUCGAAAGACGAAUAUUAAUUGAAGGUCUAUCACAAUGUUCCACGGCGCAAGGUGUUGUUCUAUUAUACGUCAAAUUGGAAAGUAUGGACAACAAAGAUAUACUCGAUACUCGAUAGAUACGUUUAGAAGAAAUUCGAGUCAAUCGCAAAUAGAAGAGUUAUCAUAUAAGGCAGCCCUUUGUCGAGCAUGCGGACAACCGACGGCGGCAACACAUCCUCAUCUAAUAAAAGAUGGGGAAGUUGUACCAGGCAUUCAAUUUCAGGAGUUUAGAGAAAGACGGAAUAAAUUAAUGGAGAAUAUCGUCUCGCAUGGUUGUGUUGCAAAUGCAGGAAAAUCGCACAUCGUAAUUAUUCCAUCAUCAUCCAAAGUGUACAUGUCAGAGAAAAUCCCGUAUGUUUUUCGACAAAAUACAGACUUUUUAUAUUUUACUGGUUGUCAAGAACCCGACAGUAUUUUGAUAAUUACAGCAAAGAAUGAAAAUUUUGAAACCGUGCUGUUUGUAAGACAGCGGAAUGAGCAUUCUGAAUUGUGGGAUGGCCCUAGGACCGGAGUUGAAGAUGCACUUAGAUUGUUUGGUGUUGACUUGGCACUUCCUGUAACAGAGUUUGAACAGUUUUUUAUCUCUUUUAUAAACGAAAACAAAACAAGCAUUAUUUGGUAUGAGAAUAUGGAUAUAGUGCAACCAAAUUUACAUACAAAGUUACACAAAUUAAUUAAAGCAGCAAGUAGUCAGAAAUUUAUUUCCCCUACAAACAUAAUACACAAAAUCAGAUUAAUUAAAUCGCAAUCAGAAAUUGAUUUAAUGAAAGAAAGCUGUAAGAUUGUUUCAGCAGCUAUAUCUAGAACUAUAGAAAUAUCAAAACCAAAAAUGAGCGAGCAUCAACUGUUUGCAACUGUAGACUAUGAAUGUCGCAUGAAGGGUGCAGAGUUCCUAGCAUAUCCACCAGUUGUGGCAUCGGGUAAAAAUGCCAAUAUUAUUCACUAUAUUAUUAACAACCAAAUCAUUCAAGACAAAGAUAUGGUCUUAAUGGAUGCAGGAUGUGAAUAUCAUGGUUAUUCAUCUGAUGUAACUAGAACAUGGCCAAUUAGUGGCACAUUCACAGAAGAACAAAGACUUUUGUAUGAGAUUGUGUUAGACAUUCAGAACAUAUUAAUUUGUAAACUGAGAGAAAUGCCUACCUUGGAUGAAUUAUUUCGUGAUAUGUGCUCUUUACUAGGCAAAAGAUUGCAAGAAAUUGGACUAAUACCAAAACAUUUAAGCGGAGAUAAAUUACUUGCUGCUGCAUAUAUUUAUUGCCCGCAUCAUGUAAGCCAUUAUUUAGGAAUGGACGUGCAUGACACAGGAAAAAUUUCAAGGAACAUAAAACUUCAACCAGGAAUGAUAGUGACUGUAGAACCAGGUAUAUAUGUAAAUCUGACAAACCAAUUUGCACCAUCUCAAUUUCAUGGUUUGGGUAUACGCGUUGAAGACGAUGUUUUAAUAACAGAGACUGGUCCAGUAAUUUUAACUGAAAGCUGUCCAAAAGGAGUUGCAGAAAUAGAAGCUUUAGCAAGUCUGAACCUUUAGUUACUAUGGUAACUAUCAAUUGUUUCUAUUGAUUCGUUAAAUUACUGUUACAGUAUGAUUCUUCAUGUAAUUAAUAUAAUUUGAUCAUUUUG